UCCGUACAUUGGACGGUUAAGUGUGCUGAUACGGAUGCUUGUUUUCAAGAUCAAUAUCUUAUACUCACAGCCAGCACGAGAUAAAAGAUUAUCAACUGCUGCUCCAGGGUUAUCAGGAAUAAGAACAAUCGGCGGCUGGCUCUUGUCGUCGUUAUCAUCAUCAUCUUUGCCUUGGCGGUUACCGUAAGUGUUGGAGGUUGGAAUUGUUGAGGUUGAUGGAACCGAUUUGCCACCGGAGAAUGUUUUUUUCCGGACGAACCUGCGGACUGGUGCUGGUGCGCAGCAUCUUGGGCCUUUUUUUGACGGUGUUGAACUGGGCUACGUGGUUGGUAGGAGGGAAGUAGUUUCGUCGGGUCGGGGACAUCCGCAGUGUAGUUCUUGAAGACGGCUGGUGUCCAGGUACGUCUGGUGGAAUCGGUAGGUUCCUUUACUCGGCCAAGAGAUGCACUACGAAGUUGGCCCGGCUGUAGAAACGGGUUGCGACGAACCGGAACGGUCUUUUGUGCCCCCGGGAGAAACAUUCACGGAUAUUUUGUUCACUCGCGUCGAGAAAAAUAUAAUUUUACGGAGGGCAGAGGAAAGUGAACUUUCACGCUCGAGAGUAGCGAGUGCAAUGUCCUCUGAAAAACUCUGUUUCUUGAAAAAUCAUUUUUUUUUUUCAUUCCAUUCAUUGUUACAGGCAUCUGACCUAAGCAAACCAAUUGAUAAGAAGCUGUAUAAAGGAACAAAUCCGAGUUGUCACGAUUUUAACGCAACCAAUGCUACGUACGAAGGAGCGCCUCUGCUAGUAGGAUUUAGCACGGGACAGAUCCAGCUGGUUUACCCUGGAAGGCGCGAGCAAGGCAAACUUUACAACGAAGAGAGAUUGAUCGAUAAAACGAAAGUUACCUGUCUGAAGUGGAUUCCGGGCUCUGAGCAUCAGUUUUUAGCAUCACACGCCAGUGGAUGCAUGUACAUGUAUAAUGAAGAGCUGCAGUGUACUCCGACAACGCCUAGUUAUCAGCCUUACAAAUGCGGCGAUGGGUACAUUGUGCUGGCCUGCAAGUCCAAAUUGACGCGCAACCCAUUGUACAAAUGGUGCUUUGGGCAGCAGGAAAACGCAAGCAUAAACGAGUUCUGUUUCUCGCCGUGCGGGCAACACCUGGCUAUUGUUUCGCAAGAUGGCUUUCUUAGAGUCUUCCACUACAGCAACAUGGAGUUAAUUGGAAUAGCGCGAUCGUAUUUUGGUGGGUUCCUGUGCGUUUGUUGGAGUCCGGAUGGAAAAUAUGUCGUCGUGGGAGGAGAGGACGACCUAGUGACCGUUUAUUCUUUGCAGGAACAGCGCGUGGUUGCACGUGGUCAGGGCCAUCGAUCGUGGGUUUCCGUUGUCUCGUUUGACCCGUACACGACUUCCUACUCGAACUGGGAAAGUGCGGACUUCUCCGACGACGAUAACCCGAUAAACGACGGCUACAAGAACUGCUACAGUCGCACCACUCACAGCAAUAGUGAGGCAACCGCUACCGCUGUACGACGCCCGCCUUCGACAUACCGAAACAGCGUGUCCACUUCGGAUAAACUGGCAACUAGCUACCGGCUCGGUUCGGUUAGCCAGGACACUCAGCUUUGCCUGUGGGACAUUACGGAGGACGUUUUGCGGCAGUCUAUAGGACGACUGAGCCGGAACCUCAGCUCAGCAGACUCUGCAUUGUGUAAUACAAAAAGCGAAUUUUCCAAUAGUGCAAAUAAUAGUAAUAGCGGACAGCAGGCAUCAUCUCAAAAGGAUGCUGCCAAAACAAUAGCUAACACAGCUUCUAUGAACGAUAAUGAUACCGUGGACAAUGCUGUUUUUAAUAUAAAAAACAUAACUAGUAAUAGUCUAAGUACUACUAUAAAUUGUGAUGAUAGUAAUAAUAGCAACAGUAGCGGUAAAGGCUCGACGAACAGUGUUGAUGGAAAACAUUCUAAGAGUCACAUUACUAAGGCCAACAGUGUGACCAGCUCCGGUAGUGCAUCCACUACUACGGGAUCAUUCAACAAAAAGGAUGGCAACAGCGAUAAAAAUUCAAAAUCUGAGGCGAAUCAUCAUCACCAUCACUCAGCAUUCAACUCUAUAACACAGCGGUUAACCAACUUCAGCUUUGGAAAUAACGGUAGCAAUAACAGUGAUAAAAAUGAAAAGAGUGAAAAGUCAAGCAAAAGCAGCUCUAGCAAAAGAAAUAUCAUAUCGCUCACUGGCAAAUCGAACAACAGCAAUAACAUCCACAAUAGUUCAAACAACAAUCAUUUCCAAACGUCGAGCACACUGACCAGCAACAGCAGCCACGCCAACAACAACGUGGAUCCGCCUAUUUCGAACUCAUCCUCGAGCAGUGGUGGUGGUGCAGGCAGCGGUGGAGGUGGGAUUUCAAACACUAUUACGUCGAUUAUGACCUCUUCGCUAACCAAGAACAAACGAGGCGGUGAUCCCACUGGCACUGGGAAUAGCAUCGUCUCGUCCUACGAUCCAAUGAAACUGAUCGGAACGCCGGCGUGUCCCCGUUUCGACGAUUGUCCAGUAUUAGAACCACUGGUGUGUAAGAAGAUUGCCCACGAACGGUUGACAGCGUUGAUCUUUCGGGAAGAUUGUUUUCUCACCGCGUGCCAGGAUGGAUUUGUGUAUACCUGGGCGAGACCCGGAUACAUUAAUCUGCCACAGCAUUUACCUCCAAGUCCAACUGCGCCUCCUGGGGGUACAGUAGUGUAAAAAGGAAACAUCAGUAGCUGCAAUUUUAAACACACGUAUAUUUUAUUGCCUUCUACAUUUAUUAGGAUUAUUUUAAUUGUUUUAUUAUUUAAUAUGUAUGUGUAACAUAUUGAACAAAAACGAUCAUAUUAUGUCAUUGAUAAUUUCUUAUUUAAGAGAAAUAUAAUUUAUUGCAAACAAAAAAAGUCAAAUCAAAAACCACA